AUGAAUGGACACAUCCUCUAUGGCACUAACAUCGCCGUUGACUACUGGAAGAUUCAGGGAAGGGGCAACAACUUUGUUCACUUUCUAACACAUUUACACGGCGACCACAUCGUUGGGCUGACUUCUUCCUGGCACAAGCCAAUCUACUGUUCAGAAUUCACGGCACACUUGCUGACAACCAGGCAUGGGCUUCCGGUCUCACUUCUACGAGUCUGUGAACUCAACCAAAGCAAACUUGUGUCAGAGCCUGGUUGUCAGGGUUUUACCGUUACAGCUUAUGAUGCUAACCACUGCCCUGGCGCUGUCAUGUUUUAUUUUCAAGGGGAUUUCGGAAACAUCUUGUACACUGGGGAUUUCCGAUCUUCUCCCCAGCUGAUAGAAACAUGCAGUCAUCUUGUCGGAAAUGUGGACAUUCUAUACCUGGAUAACACAUUCUGCAGCCCAAAAUGUGUCUUCCCCAGCAGAGAUGAAUGCUUGAGCAUGAUGGUCAAUGUCAUACAACAGCAUCCAUUGCACCAUGUUCUUAUUGGUGUUAGAAAGCUUGGCAAGGAGUCACUGUUGGCUAAGAUUGGAGUCACAUUGAAUGAAACAAUAUGUGUUUCUCCGGCAUGUUAUUAUAUGUCACAGAUGCUGUUUGCUACCGAUGUGUUCACUACCAGUUCCCUGGGCAAUACCUGCAGGAUCAAAACUGUCCCUAUGCACACCAUCAACCGCAGGUUUAUUGAGCAACUCAACGCGACCCGGCCAACAAUUGCUAUCAUCCCUUCAGCCAUUUUCACAGGUUUGGAUUGUCAGCCUUACAGUCAAGAUUCAAACAUCUUCUUGAUCCCAUACUCUGAUCACUGCAGUUAUGCAGAGCUGCUAGAGUUUGUCUCAACGCUGAGACCAGCCAGAGUUCUUCCAAUUGUCCAGCAGCAAAGAGGGCCUUUUGGGGCAGACGUUAGUGACCGGACGGAUAUGGGCUGUUUUCAAAGCUUCUUGUUGAAAGACAGGGCUGGUAAACACAUUGCUGGCGACAGCAAGUGGGACAGUAGAUUGCAGUCACUCAGACAGUUCAGUGAAAAAACUAAAUCGUCAAAUACAGAAGGGACGUUUCUGAAGGAAAGAUUUGAUGACGGAAACAUAAAUUCUACACAACGCUUCUCAUCGCUGUCUAUUUGUAAACUUGAGCAGAUAUUUCAUUCGUGUAAAAAAUCAGGUUUGAAAAGUCGUGUGCGUGGUAGAAACAGAUCCGCCACACAUACCAUAUAUAACAGAUGCAUGACUGGUGUGGGGUGUAAAAGAUCUGCCACAGGUGUGGUGUAUGUUGACUGUGUAGCAGAUGAAAACUUGAUAAAAGAUUCCAGCAUUCCACAGCCCUCACAACGAAGCUCAGAUAUCACACCACAUCCCACACAACAAAACUCGUAUCUGCCUAGCUUACAUAUCAACUCACAUCCCACACACGGUUCGGAUAUCCCCUCACAUCCCACACAAAGUACAGAUACCAUCUCACAUCCCACAAAAAGUUCAGAUACCACCUCACAUACCACACAAAGUUCAGAUACCAUCUCACAUUCUACGCAAAGUACAGAUACCACCUCACAUUUCACACAAAGCUCAUAUGUCACAUCACAUCCCACACAACAAAUGCCAUGUCUGACUAGCUUAGAUAUCUUACAUCCCACACAAAGUUCACACGUCAUCUCACAUCCAGCACAACAAAACUUAUAUCUACCUAGCUCAGAUAUCACCUCACAUUCCACACAACAAAAGCCAUGUCUGACUAGCUCAGAUAUCUUCUCACAUCCCACACUAAGCUCAAAUAUCACCUCACAUCCCACACAACAAAACUUAUGUCUACCUAGCUCAGAUACCACCUCACAUUCUGCACAAAGCUCAGCUAACACCUCACAUCCCACACAAAGUUUAGAUACCACCUCACAGCCUCCACAAAACUCAGAGACCCCCUCACGUCACACACAACAGAACCCAUGUCUACCUGGCACAGAUACCCCAUCACAUCCUACACAACUUGAAGAAAGUUUGGUUAGCCGGCAGCACAGCAACAUUUUACACGCCAGUAGUGCAGAUUUGCACGCUGGUGAUUGUAAUCAUAUCUGGGGCACUGUUGGGUCUGUCAUCACACACCCAAAUUCUCCUAAUGGCAACAGAAUUUCUGGGCUGGUGGAUAUACGACAUAUAGAUUUGCUGCAUGGCUGCAGCGUGGUUAAAUCUGCAAGCACCCAUCCAAAUUCUGUGUGUUACUGUGGCAUUGCUGAGCCUGUGACCACACAUAAUUCAAAUUCUGUGCAUGACUCUAGCAUUGUUAUGUCUGCAGACAUACAACACGCAACUUCUCUGCAUAAAUGCCCUCAUUCUGGCAAAUACAGCUACCUGGAAAAGGAAAGGUGUGGUUUUGUUUUGUCAACACCUAGCAACACUUCAAGUGGUUCUGAUGCUGGUAAACACAUAGGCUCGAUAAAAUUUGAUCACCAUGGUGGUGCCAUUCUCCCAUUGUCACUGACAGAUAGCAGUCAAGUCAACAUAGGUAGGUCUAACAGUACUGAUCCCCCAAGUUCAUCACAAACUUGUCUAGUCUCUCGUGAUUCAACUGGGAAGUCAUUUGGGCUAGCUGAUCAUCAUCAUCAUCAGUGUCACUUGACCAGCAUAUUUAGUGGUACUGCACAUUUGCCUCAGCAGGACAGUUUCAAGUCUCCGCACAGAAAUGGCUUCAUAUCUGAGUUUAUAGAAGCUACUGAAGCCAGGAAUGGAGAUAAAAGCGCUCACUCUGUAUGCAGGCAGUCAAGGUUUCCGUCAACAAUUCAGAGAAGAAAAUACAACGUACUGAAAUCCAAGAAUAAUGGGAUAGGUUCUGUCAGUCACUUCAUACUUUCACUCAAAGAGUUUCUUGGUAAAACAUAG